CACAGGCAGAGGGAGAAGCAGGCUCCAUGCACUGGGAGCCCGAUGUGGGAUUCGAUCCCGGGUCUCCAGGAUCACGCCCUGGGCCAAAGGCAGGCGCCAAACCGCUGCGCCACCCAGGGAUCCCAGUUUUGAGAGUUCUUAAUAACUUAGGUUCAAGUCCAUAACCAGAUAUUUGUCAAUGUAGUAUGGCUUGUUUCUCUGGGUUUUUAUUUUUUGUUGUUGUUCUCUUAACAGAGUUCUUCCUAUAGCAGAAAAUUUUAAUACUGUCCAGUGUAUUCCCCCCCCUUUUACUGAAUGGUGUCUUAUAUAAGAAGUCUUUGCCUAACAUAAGAUGAGAAAAUUCUCUCCUGUGUUCUUAAUGGAGGGUUUAUAGUUUUAGGCCAUUUUGAGGUAAUUCUAGUAUUGUGUAAAAUUUGGGAUCAGAGUUUUUUUUUUUUUUUAAAAAAGACACCUAAUUAUUUCAUAACAUUCAUUAGAAGGGCUAUCUUUUUUCCACUAAUUAAUUGCCUUUGCACUUUUCUUAAAAAUCAAUUGAUCUUAAAAGCUACUCUUUCUCUGGACUUUUUUUCAAUCUACAUUUUUGCAAAUAUCUUAAAGUUUUAACAUGAUUUUUAAAUAUUUCUUAAAAUCAGGCAAUGUGGUUUUCCCACUUUGUGAUUCUUAAAUUUGUUUCAGCUAUUCUAAGUCCUUUGCAUUUCCAUAUGAAUUUUAGACUCUUCUUGUCAAUUUCUAAAGCAUGCUUGGGUUUUGAUCGGGAUGAGAAAUAGAUCUUUCUUACUUUUUAAUUCAAGUAUAAUUAACAUGCAGUGUUAUAUCAGUUUCAGGUGUAAAAUAUAAUGAUUCAACAAUUCUGUACACAUUACUUAGUGCUCAUCAUAAAUGUAAUCUUUAUCCCCUUCACUUAUUUCACCUAUUCCCUCAACUCCCUGCUGCAACCACUAGUUCUCUGUGUGAAUCUUUUUCUCUUUGUUCAUUUGUUACCUAAAUUCCAUAUAUGAAGUCAUAUGGUAUUUGUCUUUCUCUGCCUAACUUAUUUCACUUAGCAUUAUAGACUAUCCAUUUUACAAAUGGCAAGAUUUUAUUCUUUUUUUUAUGACUAAUAUUCCGUUGUGUGUGUGUGUGUGUAUCACCUCUUUAUUCAUCUAUAGAUUGAUACUUGGGUUGCUUAUAUAUCUUAGCUAUUGUAAAUAGGGGUGCAAAUAUCUUUUUGACUUUAUUUUUGUAUUAUUAGGGUAAAAGCCCAGUAGUGGAAUUACUGCGUCAUAUGGUAGUUCUAUUUUUAUUUGGUAGUUUUAUUUUUAAUUUUUUGAGGAACCUCCUACUCCUUUCCACAGUGGCUGUACCAAUGUGUAUUCCCAGCAACAGUGCACAAGGGUUCUUUUUCCCUCACCAACAAUGUCUCCUGUGUUUUGAUUUUAGCUAUUCUGACAGGUGUGAGGUGUUAUCUCAUUGUGGUUCUGAUUUGCAUUUCUCUGAUGAUGAAUGAUGUUGAGCAUCUUUUCAUGUAUUCACUGGCCAUCUGUAUGUUUUCUUUGGAGAAAUAUCUGUUCAUGUCUCUACUCAUUUUUAAAUUGGAUUGUUUCUUGGUUUUGGGUUGUGUAAGUUCUUUAUGUAUUAUGGAUACUAAACCUUUACUGGAUAUAUCAUUUCCAGAUAUCUUUUCCCAUUCAGUAGGGCUUUUUGUUUUGUCAGUUAUUUCUUUUGCUGUGCAGUUUAUUAUUUUGAUGUACUCUUAGUAGUUUGUUUUUGCUUUUGUUUCCCUUGCCUUAGGAGACAUAUUUAAAAACGUUGCUAUGGCCAAUGUCAGAGAAGUUAUUCCCUGUGUUCUCUUCUAGGAUUUUUAUGGUUUUAGGUCUCACAUUUUUGGUUUUUAAUCCACUUUGGGGUUUUUUUGUGUAUGGUAAUAAGCGGUCCAGUUUUCCCAACAUCAUCUGAUGAAGAGACUCUUUCAUAUUGCAUAUUAUUGCCUCAAUUGUUGUAGAUUGGCCAUAUAAUCAUGGGUUUAUUUCUGACCUCUAGUCUGUCUUACUGACCUAUGUGUCUAUUUUCAUUCUAGUACCAUACUGCUUUGAUCACUAUAGCUCUGUAGUAUUAUCUUGAAAUCUGGAAUUGUGAUAUCUCUAGCUUAUUUAUUUAAAAAUUUUUAUUUAUUUAUUUAUUCAUGAUAGUCACAGAGAGAGAGAGAGGCAGAGACACAGGUAGAGGGAGAAGCAGGCUCCAUGCACCGGGAGCCCAACGUGAGAUUCGAUCCCAGGUCUCCAGGAUCGCGCCCUGGGCCAAAGGCAGGCGCUAAACCGCUGCACCACCCAGGGAUCCCUAUUAUAGAGAGAGAGCAAGAGAGAAAAAGCAAGCGCACAAGUAGUGGGAGCAGGAGAGAGAGAAGCAGGUUCCCUGCCAAGCAGGGAGGUUUGGACCAGUGUGUUUUCAUUUUUACUUGUUCCUAUGUACUUUUUUUUUUCUUUAGAGAUCUUAUUUAUGAGAGAGAGAGAACAAGCAGGGUGAGAGGCAAAGGGAGAUGGAGAAGCAGACUCCUCACUGAGCACAGAGACCAAUGUGGGACUUGAUCCAAGGUCCUGGAGAUCAUGACCUGAGCUAAUGACAGACACUUAACCAUCUGAGCCACCCAGGCACCCCUGUUUCUAUGUAACUUUUAUUCUUUAAUCUCCUGGUUGACCCACUCAUUGUUAGUAUUUAGUUCCAUGUUAUUUAAGCACCCUGUAUUUAUGGUCUUUCCAGAUUUUUUUUUUCUCGUGGUUGGGUGCAUAAAUAAUUUACAAUCACUGUAUCUUCUUGUUGGAUUGUAUCUUUGUAAUAACAUAGUAUCCUCCUUGGUCUCGUUACAGACUUUGUUUUGAGAUCUAUUUUGUCCAAUUUAAGUAUUGCUACUCUGCUUUCUUUUGACAUUGAUUUGCAUGAUGUUUCUUUACUCCCACUUUCAAUUUUCAGGUGUUUAGGUCUGAAAUUAGUCUCUUGUGGGCAGGAUACAGAUGGGUCAUGUUUUUCUUAUCCAUUCUAUCACCCUGUGUCUUAGGAUUGGUGUAUUUAGUUCAUUUGUAUUCAGAGUAAUUAUUGAUACGUAUUUAUUGUCAUUUUAUUAUUUGUUUUGUGGGUGUUUCUGAAUAUUUCUCUGAUUUAUUUUAAAGGUUUUAUUUACUCAUGAGAGAGAGAAAGAGGCAGACACAUAGGCAGAGGGAGAAGCAGGCUUACUACCCAUGAGGAGCCUGAUGCAGGACUCAAUCCCAGGACCCUGGGAUCACGACCUGAGCCGAAGGCAGAUGCUCAACCACUGAGCCAACCAGAUGUGUCCCAGCGCUGCAGGAUAAGCCUCAGUUCUUUUCAUGGGUCCUUUUUGUGUGUGUUCUUGAUCUGCCUUCUCGGGACACUACUCUUCUUUAAGUCAAGAGCCUGGGAAGGAGGACUGUGUUGACAAGUCAUGUUCCAGGUGACAUUUAGUGAUGUGGCCAUGGACUUCUCUCAUGAAGAGUGGGGAUGGCUAGAUUCUGCUCAGAGGGAUUUAUACAAGGAUGUGAUGGUCCAGAAUUAUGAGAACCUGGUUUCUGUAGCAGGUCCUUCCAUACCUAAGCCAUAUUUGAUCAGUUUACUGGAGGAUGGGAAAGAACCUUGGAUGGUGGAGAAAAAAACAUCAAAAGAUUGGGAAUCAAGAUGGGAAAACAAGAAAUUACUAACGAAGGAGGAUAUUUAUGAUGAAGAUUCACCCCAAAUGGUAAAAAUAGAAAAAGCUAUAAAACAGAGUCAUGAAUUUUCAGAUUUUAACAGCGACUGGGAAUAUAUAGAUGGGACGCAUGAAAAUCAGGUAGAACAUUUCAGACCAGUGACCCUCACCUUUAGAGGAAGUGCCACUGGGGAAAGUGUUUACAAAUACGAUGCACUUAGAAGCAUCUUCCAUUUAAAGUCUAUUCUUUCUGAACCACAGAGAAUUUCUGCUGAAGGGAAAUCACAUAAACAUGAUAUAUUUAAGAAGAGCUUACCAAAAAGAUCUGUUACAAAAAAUGAGGAGAUCAAUGGUGGUGAAAAGAAACUUUUGAAUUCUAAAGAAAGUAUGGCAGCUUUCAGCCAGAGCAAAUCUCUUACCCUUGAGGAGACUUAUAAUAGAGAAAAAGUCUAUACAUGCAACGAAUGUGGGAAAGCCUUUGGCAAACAAUCAAUCCUUAAUCGCCAUUGGAGAAUUCAUACAGGAGAGAAACCAUAUGAGUGUCAUGAAUGUGGGAAGACUUUUAGCCAUGGCUCAUCCCUAACUCGACAUCAGAUAAGUCACAGUGGAGAGAAACCUUACAAAUGUAUCGAAUGUGGGAAGGCCUUUAGCCAUGUGUCCUCACUUACUAAUCAUCAGAGUACUCACACUGGAGAGAAACCAUAUGAAUGUAUGAACUGUGGAAAGUCAUUUAGUCGUGUUUCACAUCUCAUUGAACAUCUGAGAAUUCAUACACAAGAAAAACUGUAUGAGUGUCGAAUAUGUGAGAAAGCCUUCAUUCAUAGGUCAUCUCUCAUUCACCAUCAGAAAAUUCAUACUGGAGAGAAACCUUAUGAAUGUAGUGAAUGUGGAAAAGCCUUUUGCUGUAGUUCACACCUUACUCGACAUCAAAGAAUUCACACUAUAGAGAAACAAUUUGAAUGUAACAAAUGUCUCAAAGUCUUUAGCAGCUUAUCAUUUCUUAUUCAGCAUCAGAGUAUUCAUAAUGAAGAAAAACCUUUCGAAUGUCAAAAAUGCAGGAAAUCCUUCAACCAGCCAGAAUCCCUGAAUAUGCAUUUAAGGAAUCACUCUCGAUUGAAACCGUAUGAAUGCAGCAUUUGUGGGAAAGCCUUCAGUCAUAGGUCAUCCUUGCUUCAACAUCACAGAAUUCACACUGGAGAGAAGCCCUAUGAAUGUAUUAAAUGUGGGAAGACUUUCAGCUGUAGUUCAAAUCUUACUGUACAUCAGAGAAUUCAUACUGGAGAAAAGCCAUAUAAAUGUAACGAAUGUGGGAAAGCUUUUAGCAAAGGCUCAAAUCUUACUGCCCAUCAGAGAAUACAUAAUGGAGGUAAACCCAGUAGUGCACUAAGUGUAGAAAAGCCUCUAGGCCGCGUGAAUCAUUAUACAUGUGAAAAAUCAUACAAGAGAGAAACUGUAUGAAUACAAUAUUUGUCAUAAUACACUUCAGGCAUAGAUCUUUCCUGAAAAUUUAUGCUUGAAAAAAGAAUGUAAUGAAUAUGGGAAGGUCUUUAGCCAGUGGUACAAGCCUUACUGUCCAUCACAGUUCAUACUGUAGGGAGAACAUUUGUUGCCUUCAUAGGAAAGUCUUUAGCCCAUAUUAAUCCCUUAAUUGGCAUAAGUUAGUUCACGUUGGAGAAAAACCCAAUAUGUGUAACAUGGGAAAGACAGGCAAUAUGCAUCUCUUCUUGAAUACACACAGGAGAGAAGGAAAACGAAUAUAAAAACUGUGGGAAGUCUCAGUUAAAGUGUAUCCCUUAUUCUAUAUCAUCUUACACUGGAGAGAGCGCUAGGAGAAAUGUAGCAAACCAUUCACUAAGAGUUCUUAUCUUGCUAGACAUCAGAAGAUUAAUGCUAGAACGGCAUGAAGGAUGUAGGAGUUAUGUGUAUAUCUUUCUUUGCAAUAAUGCUGUUUGUAAGAACAAAUGAGUAGAUUAUAAAUGAAUAUGCCUUUCUGAUAGCAGUAAGCAUGCAAUUUUACUCAAGUCCUACAUAGAAGUUUUGUUAGCUAAUGGGCAUGUAAAGAUAUUUAGUCAACCAGUGGAUCCAGAAAAUGUUUUUAAAGUUAAAAAUUAAAGCUGCAAAAGAAGUAAAAGGUGGUGUGAAUAAAGUUUUUGAUCUCUAAUAAAACCAAUUUGUAUAUAAUACACUCUCACUGUGACACUGAUACUUCUUGCAAAAUUUCCUACUUUCCUCUUGAAGAAUUAAGCCUUACUGGGGCACCUGGGUGGCUCAGUGGUUGAGUGUCUGCCUUUGGCUCAGGUCAUGAUCCCGGGGUCCUGGGAUCAAGUCCUGCAUCAGGUCCCCGCAGGGAGCCUGCUUCUCCCUCUCCCUGUGUCUCUGCCUCUCUGUCUCUCUGUGUCUCUCAUGAAAAAUAAAUAAAUAAAAUCUUAAAAAAAAAAGAAUUAAGCUUUACUAUAUCCUUUAGUGGGAGACUAGCUAAGGUAGAGAAAAAUGGCCUGAUCUGUGUUCUAAGAAUACCAUUAUUUUGGUGUCUGUUUCACACAUUUUAAUUUUUACAAGUGCAGUGAGAACGUAAUCAAGGAAAAGACUAUAAGAGAUCAGAGCAGGCUUAAUGGUGGAUGUGCUUUGCAAUCUGAAUCCUAAAGGGUGAGUACUAAUUGCAUAGCUCUGUGCAGGCACAUGCACUCUGGGAGUCAUUCUAGGCAAAGUAGACAGCUUGCUCUGUCACGUUUGCUGCAUCUGGACUCCAUGAUCUAGUGUCUAGUGUCAAGUUUUGUGGCUUUGACCUAUUACCGCUGGCAUCAUUACUGAUAACAGCAACAGUUACCUCUCCAUGCUGGAUUAUAGUUAAGAGAGUUUACAUUGAAAUAAAUAGUCCAGUGAUUAUUAUGAUUUUUCCUCCAGCGUGCCUACCAAUUUUAAAAAUAGUUACUUGUAAUAGAUGUCUUUUUGAAAUACUUAAGACCUUUUAUUUUCUAUACCAAACCCUGACAGAUAAUUAUGGUUUGUAAAGAAGCUGGCUUCAAAUAGUCUUAAGUUUUAGAUAAAUUGAAUAAUCUUGCUGGCUCCAUGGUUUCCUAUCUGUGACUAGGAAAGUGAAACAUAACGAUUAGAACUGUCUGGAUGGACACUUGGAAGUAAAGGGCACUUACAUAGCUUAUAUUUCAGGUUAUGUUUUCUGGCAUUUGAUGUUGUAAGUAAAUUAUCUUCAAAAGGAAUUAUAUCACUGACAUAAUUCUGAUGUGGAAUGAAUGAUAGGGUUUCCAACUUUAGAGGAAAUAGUCUGUUCUCAUACAUGAGCUACCUUAACUGAAAACCAGGAGGUAAAGGACAUUCCUUAGCAAGGUGAGUUUGGAAUGGGAUGGUGAAUUUUUAAAAAGGGAUUUACCAUAAGAUUUGGAAAUUCUGCAGAAUGUUGAAGGAUCUUUGAGAGACAAGGAAGCAUGGCAUGGUAUCAAUUAAGAACCGGGGAUGCCUGGGUGGCUUAGCGGUUGAGCAUCUGCCUUUGGCCCAGGAUGUGAUUCUGGAUUCCUGGGAUUGAGUCCUGCAUCGGGCUCCUUGCAUGGAGCCUGCUUCUCCUCCCUCUGCCUGUGUCUCUGCCUCUCUUUCUGUGUCUCUCAUGAAUAAAUAAAUAAAAUCUUUUUAAAAAAACAAUUAAGAACCAUUGUCAUGAAUAGACUGGCCACUAUAUAUAUACAGUGGUAGGAUAAUGGCAAA